ACUGCUUAUGAAUAUAAUGUAAAAAUAGAAUAACUAGGAAAACUUCAAUUGAAGGUAUUUUUUCUUUAUCAAACUAGUACUUUCGUUCAUUUCCUUCCUUCAUUUUUCUCAAUGCGUUCUACUUUCCUUAUCACUUUGGCUGCCAUUGCCACUGCUGUUUCUGCAGCACCCGCUCUCGAUAAGAGAGCCACCAAGGCACAAAUCAUCAGCACCUGUACUGUUCCCGGUACUAUCGCCUUAACCUUCGAUGAUGGACCAUAUGAAUACACUUGGGCUUUAGCUGAUACCCUCAAGAAGGCUGGUAUUACUGCUACUUUCUUCAUGAACGGUAACAACUGGGUUGAUGUCAACACGCAGUCUGUUAAGACUUCUGCUGGUACUAAGACCUACAAGCAAGUCAUCAAGCAUGUUUACGAUAGUGGUCACCAAAUCGGUAGUCACACCUAUAACCAUGUAGAGCUCGGUGAUCAAUCUGCCACUGUUGUCAAGAGUGAAAUGGCCAAGAUGGAAACUGUUUUCCGUUCUGUCCUCGGUAAGAACCCUACCUACAUGCGUCCCCCUGCUGGUUCAUACUCUUCUUCCACCCUUACCACUCUUGGUGGUCUUGGCUAUAAGAUCAUCCUCUGGGAUAUUGAUUCCAAUGACUGGAGAUACAGCGAAACCUCUGGCAUUUCUAAGGAACAAGCUAAUUACAAGAAUGUCAUUGAAAAGGACUCCAAGACCAAGCCUCAUGGUCACAUCGCUCUUCAUCAUGACGUUUACAAGAAGACUGUUUCUGAAUUAGUACCUUGGGUUACCACAUACAUCAAGGGAAAGAAGAACUACAAGUUCGUUAGUGUCGCUGAAUGUCUUGGUAACACUAAGGGUUCUGCUUACAAGACCAGUAAAUAAAUUAAAUAAUCCAUCUACUAUGUAAAUAUUUGUUGUCUUUUGUUGAAAAUAUUAUUGCAAAAGUGUGCUAUACAAAUAGGCUCCUUUUUUUAUUGAGACUCAACAAAUAUACACCAUCCAUCAGAUUCCAAAAGUAUGUGCUAAAGGAAAUUAAACAAUCGGU